GAGCGCUCCAAAGCCGACAGUGUAAAAUUCGGAGGUGCUGGAGGUUGGAGUCGACACAGCAGUGAGUGAGUGGUGCUGCUGCGUGUGCGUAAAGGCGCAAAGUAACUUUCUCCCUCUCUCAGUACGCGGAGAGCUCGCUCCAGAGGUGGACCUCUCUCUCCUUUCCUGCACCUGAUGGAUACUAUCAAGAUGAUAUUUAUCACUUAUUACCACUGGUGGAUAUUUGUGCUCUCGCUCCACCCGUUUUUAUGCGCUUCUCUGGCUCGGACCGAGGGGAAUACGAUCCGUUACCAGUGCAACGAGGAGGAGGCGGCGGGCACCGUGAUAGGAAACCUGGCCAAGGACAUGUCCUUGAGUCUGCCUCACUCCUCCAGGACCAAUUUCAGGAUGAUGAGGCAGUUUAAUGACUCAUUCAUCAGGGUGCGGGAAAGCGACGGGCAGCUGAGCGUCGGCGAGAGGAUGGACCGGGAGAGGAUGUGCCGACACACUCCACAGUGUCUCGUCACUUUCGACGUAGUCAGUUUCUCCAAAGAGCGCUACAAAUUGAUCCACGUCGAGGUGGAGAUUAAAGACAUCAACGACAACUCCCCGGAGUUCCCCAGCGCGGAGUCAGUGGUGGAAAUCUCAGAGAACGCAGCCGUGGGCUCUCAUGUUCCUCUGGACCCGGCCGUGGACGCGGACGUGGGAUCCAACUACAUCCAAAGCUAUCAGAUUUCUGUCAACAGUCACUUCACUAUCGACGUGCUCCUGAGAGCAGAUGGGGUUAAAUAUGCGGAAUUGGUGCUAAUGAAGGAGCUCGACAGGGAGACCCAGGCGUCCUACUCCCUUGAUCUGGUCGCCACAGAUGGUGGAAACCCAUCCAGGUCCGGGUCCACCAAGAUAACUGUCAGAGUGACAGACUUUAAUGACAACAGUCCGGUUUUUGACCAGAACAGCUUUUCUGUGAGUUUGCCAGAGGACGCACCUGUCGGCACCGUAAUCCUGGACCUGAACGCGGAGGAUGCCGAUGAGGGUCAGAACGGUGAGGUGGUCUACGGGUUUGGGAAACAGGUCUCUCACUUGAUCCGGGAGCUUUUCCGUGUGGAUAACAGAUCAGGCCGCUUGACGCUCAGGAGCCCAGUGGACUUUGAGGACAAGCGUACAUACGAGCUGGACGUCCAGGCGACCGAUUUGGGACCCAACCCGACCCCCUCUGUGUGCAAAAUUGUCAUCCACGUCACGGACGUCAACGACAACGCACCGGAAAUCAGCAUCACCCCCAUGACCUCCAUCACCACGGGCACGGCGCACAUCAGCGAGGCGGCGGAAAAGGACAGCCUGGUGGCGCUGGUCACCACCUCGGACCGGGACUCUGGGGUGAACAGCCAGGUCCACUGCACCCUCUACGGCCAUGACCACUUCAAACUGCGGCAAGCCUACGAGGACAGCUACAUGAUAGUGACAGCAGCCCCUUUAGACCGGGAGAGGAUCAGUGAGUACAACCUCACAGUCAUGGCGGAGGACUUUGGGUCACCCCCUCUCAGGAAGAUCACCCAGUACACCAUCAGAAUCAGCGAUGAAAAUGACAAUGCUCCACAUUUCACCAAACCCGUCUAUGAAGUGUCUGUGGCGGAGAACAACGCCCCAGGCGCUUACCUCGCCACCGUGGAGGCCACAGACGCCGAUUUGGGCAACAAUGGCAAAAUCACCUACAGGCUUGUGGACAGCCUCAUCAUGGGCUCCCCUGUGAACACGUUCGUCUCACUUAAUUCCGUAUCGGGGUCCAUCUAUGCCCUAAGAAGUUUCAACUACGAGGUCAUGAGGCAGCUCGAUGUCCACGUACAAGCCAGCGACGGCGGCUCCCCGCAGCUGCAAAGCACGGCUGUCAUCCGCUUAAAAAUAGUCGAUCAGAAUGACAACGAGCCUUCUAUCAUCGAGCCGCCACUCUAUAAGGGCUCUGCUGAUGUCUUCCUGCCUAAAGACGCCCCCCCGGGGUACGUCGUCACGCACAUAAAGGCCACCGACGCGGACGAGGGCCUCAAUGCACACUUGUCCUAUAAGAUCACAGAGGGGGGGCUGCUGGGCUUCUCCAUCGACAAAGACACGGGGAAGGUGCACGUGAGCCGACAGCUGACGUACGACCUCACCGACAAUGUCAAAGCGGUGGUGUCGGUCAGCGACGGCGGCUCCCCUUCGCUGACCUCCACAGCCAUCAUCCACUUCAAUUUCAUCGAGGGCACCGUGCCCAGCAUGCCCUCCUCCGCUCACGAUGAGUAUCUCUUCGAGUGGGACACCUCCGUGGCCAUCAUCAUCGUCCUGGCGGGGAGCUGCUCCCUGCUGCUGCUGGCCAUCAUUCUCAUCACAACCAUUUGCAGCCGACGGAGGAAAGAGACGCGGGAGGGCUACGAUGAGCGAGCUGAGGCUCCCAAAAAAGCAGAGAACACGGAAAGCGGUGGCAUUGAUUCGUUGAUUGGCGACCACAUGGGGAAAACCUUCGAGCCGCAUCCCUUUCCUGAGCAGCUGCCGCUGGCUGCCGGCAACGCAACAGAGAUGGCCUGCGAGGACGGAUGUCAGGCGGCGGGCGUGUUUGAGCCCAGCAACAGGGUCAUGGAGGGGAAACUAAAGGGCUACUCCACUUUACCCGGAUACGGGAAGGAAGCCUUGAGACCAAUAACAAUAUGGAAGGGUAAUUCAUUCACAACCAUCUCGGCGAGGGACCCUCACAUCAGCGGCAAGGACAGCGGAAAAGGGGACAGCGACUUCAACGACAGCGAUUCCGACAUAAGCGGCGACGUGCACAAGAAAGACUCGCCACCCACAAAUGCUCUCUGGGCGUGCACAAGCGAAUGCAAAGUGCUGGGACACUCGGAUAGAUGCUGGAGCCCCUCAGCCACCAGGCCCAACACCAGCAUGGCCUCUGGGCCUAAUCUGUCCACCUUCUCCAGGAUGGCUUCGCUUCCCCGGGACACCAGGAGGGAACACUACUAUCCGUCGCACGUGCCUAAAGGCAAUGGCCUGCAAAGUGUGUAUGAAAAAGUUCAACACCAGGAGUUUGAUUAUAUUCUUGUGGGCCCCCCCACACCAGCCAGAAUACAGGAAACGGAUGAGAUCUCCAUCCCAGAGUACACAAACUCUUAAAAAAAGACGGCAACUGAUGUACUUUUUAUUGUGCAGUACAUCUUAAUGACUCUACUGUAUGUUGUGACUUGUAGUAUGUCAUUUGUCUGUUGUAAGAUCAUGUGUAAUAUGCAAGAUUUUUGUACAUUAAUAAUAUAUUUUUCAUAAGGCUUCAAUGUAAAAAUGACUUUUAUUAUGACUUUUCAAGAGCAUGUGAUAUUUAAGUGAGGACUUGGGAGCAUAAAGGGGCUCUUCUGCUGUGAUAAACAAUCAAUAUGAACGAUGUUUGUGCUAGAUAGUUCUCUUUUUUUUGGUCACAUUGUUGCACAAAUAAAUUGUGAAAAAAGAAUGUUUGUGUUGCUGUCACAUCCACUUAUCUGACAAUUUAGUAGCAAAUCAGACAAAAAGUCACGAUUCCUUUAAAGUGAGCAAUUUUCAACAUGACACACAACAGAAUGGUGAGUCCUGCCCUGCACAGUCCACAAAUACGGCUGACGCACUGCGCUACAAAUGUAUUCUUUUUGGAAUGAAAAUGCUACAAAUUGUCAACAUUUUCUGUAUUAUUAUUUCUGCCAAAAAAAAAAAAACAUUCUGGUAAAAAAAAAAAAAAAAUA